UUACUCAACUUUCUUUACCGGACAGAUGAUCUGAUAAUAUUUAGUAUUUACCCUGGAACACAAUUUGUUUACUCAGUUUAUAGGUUUACGGAAGAAGCACCAUGUUGGAGGAAUUCUUUACUAAUUUCCAGUUGCUGCGCGAUUUUUUUCACCGAGUCAAUGAGUAAUAAACCGGUUUUAAAAUGUACAGUGCCAUCUAGAUGCUGAAUUGUAUAACCUUACGUAAUAUUAAAAACAUAUCCCUCUGUCUAAUAAUGGCUGCCUUGGUCGCAAAUUUGAUAGGGCUUCUGUCUAGAAUUUGGUCCUCGCGCUCAAUAGGCGACCACUCCUACAGGGCAAGCAAAUACAAGCUUCCAUACCCCCAAGUCCCGCAUUUAGUCUUGGAAAAUGACGUCAUUAAAGGAAGAAAGAUCUUAAUAAUAGGUGACGUACAUGGUUGUCUUCAAGAGUUGAAGGAAUUGUUGGAGGAAGCUAAAUCUCGGUGCGCGGAUCAAGAGGUACUUCCUGUGUUUGUAGGAGAUCUUUUGUCUAAAGGACCAUAUCCGGUGGAAACCGUCAGGCACCUUCAAACUAUGGAUCAUUUUGCGGUACGUGGAAACCAUGAUGAAGCGGUGCUCAAACAAGCUUUACUCUACAAAAGUACAAAAAAUUACGAACUUCCAAAGAAGUAUGAAUGGGUGCCGAAGCUCUCUGACAAAGACAUUACAUACCUUCAGGAACUUCCGUAUACGAUAUCCAUCCCGAGUUUAAAUGUGAUAAUUGUUCAUGCUGGCUUACUACCAGAGAUUGAUCUGGUUGAUCAGAAUUUGACUAAUAUGAUUAUAAUGCGAAAUAUUGUAAAAUCUCCCGAUGGAUCUCUGACUGCUGCAGAAUUAAAAAACGAAGGAGAGGCUUGGGCUUAGGUAUGGCCUGGUCCAGAUCAUGUUUAUUUCGGCCACGACGCUGUUAGGCGUUUACAGGAGCAUGGGCAUGCAACGGGUCUGGAUACUGGCUGUGUGUAUGGGAAUGAACUUACUGGUGUUCUGAUUUCUAAGGACAAAAGAGAAUUUAUUCACAUCAAAGCAAAAGAAGUUUACAAAGAACCUGACAUACAUUUAUGAUACACUUCAAAAAAAUUGAAAUAUGAUAUUAUAAUACAAGAAAUGUUACCUAUUAUAUAUUAAACUUUCUACAGCAUCAUCCUUAAAUUGUAUUCAAGAGAAAUAUUUUAGUGCGCCUUUUUAUCAAAUUGUUUCCAUGGUAUAGAAUUGGCAAAUACUAAUGUUCUGAAUUAUUCUGAACACAUUGUGCAUACAUUCAUUAUGUGUGAAAGACGAAUCAAAGCAAUCAUAGUUAUUCUAAUGAACGGUUACAAGUACAUCACACGAUAUUUUUUUUUUUGCUUUGAUCAUCUGUACGUAUUUGCAGUACUUAAUACCUUAUUUUUACUUUAUUUUCUAACAAGAAAGACAUGUACGUAUU